AUGGCGAAGGGCGGCAAGAGCAGUCGCGCUCCGGCGACGCCGUUCGUCGAUGCACCAAUGACCACCGAUCCGCGCUUCGCAAAGGUCCACACCGACCCGCGCUUCCUCAAGCCCAAACGCGAUGACACCAAGGUGGUCGUCGACGACCGAUUCAAGGGUCUCUUCGAGGACGACAAGAGCAAGAAGAAGAAGACGGACAAGUACGGCCGCAAGGUCGGCAAGGGCAAGAGCGAUGCGGAUCAGAUGAAGCGCUUCUACCGACUGGAGGAGGAGGAUUUGGAUCCUAGCAAGGGGGGCUCGGACGAUGAGGAGGAUAGCGACGAAGAUGCUGCGCCCGUGGACUAUGCCCGUGGAGAAGGCAUGCUCGAGAGCAGUUCCGAGGAAGAGUCAUCCGAAGCCUCGGACGAUGAGGAUGAAGGCUCGGAUAGCGAAGACGACGACAGCGAGGAGGACGACGUGAUGAUCGGCCCUUCCACCGUCAUCGACCGCGAGAAGAGGAAGAAAGCUGCUCGCAACGCACGCUUCGCCGACGACGACGACGACGAUGACGGUCUCGGAUCUGACAUUGGUGAGAUCGACUUGGACGAAGACGUUGACGAAGCCGUCUUUGCCCAGCUGGACGCUCAGGCGGAGCGUGCCAUUGCCGAGGGGGGUAUCGAGGACGACGAGUCCGACUCUGAUGCUGAGACCUCCUCCUCGCGCAGGAAGUCCAAGGGCAAAGAAAAGGCACGCAGCAAGAAGUCGAGCAAGAACAAAAUCCCACGCGGAGACGACACUUGCCGCCUGGCCGCCGUCAAUCUCGAUUGGGAUCACGUUCGCGCCAAGGACAUCUACAAGGUCUUCAGCAGCAUUGUCUCGCCCACCGCGGCGAUCUCGGCUGCCGAAGCUCUCCACGCUCACCGUCAAGCCGCCACCACCGACUCGUCCUCCCGUGCCAGAGCAGCACCCGCCAUCUCGCAGGUCCGUGGCAAGCUGCUCCACGUGCGCGUCUACCCCUCUGACUUUGGCAAGGAACGCAUGGCCAAAGAAGACCUCGAAGGUCCGCCACCCGAGAUCUUCAAGGGGUCCAAAACCCUCUCUGACUCAGACGAGGAGAUCACGGCCAAGACCAUCAUCCAAGUGGACGAAGGUGGCGAAUUCGACGAAGAAGCCUUGCGCAAGUAUCAACUCGACCGCUUACGCUACUACUACGCCGUGGCGACGUUCGACAGUCGCGAAACCGCGCGCCACGUGUACAACGAGAUCGAUGGCACAGAGAUGGAGCGUACCGCCAACGUCUUUGAUCUUCGUUUCGUUCCCGAUGGCAUGGACUUCGCGGACGGAGAAGAGGGGCGCGACGCCGAGUUCCGCGACGAAGCAACCGAGGACGCGGCCAACUACAAAGGUGUCGACUUCAAAACGGAUGCGCUGCGUCAUUCGCGCGUCAAGCUGACGUGGGAUCAGGACGAUCCGGAGCGAUCCAAGUUGACGCGCAUGGUCUCGCGCGGUGGACUCAGCAAGGAACAGCUGCGGGACGACGAUUUCAGAGCCUACCUCGCGUCGGAUAGCGAAGAGGAGCCGGAUGCCGAGGAGAUUGCGGCCAAGAAUGGACGCAAUCGUCUCCGGGCAUUGCUCAACCUGGACGGUGGGGAGGACGGAGGGUUUGGCAAGAAGGGCAAGCGAAACGGAGGGGUGUUCGACGACCCGCGCCACGACGAUGACGAGGAGCAGGGCGAGAUGCAGAUCACGUUCAUGCCCGGUCUAUCCGAAGCAGCGGCGAAGAAAGCCGCGAACGGCAGCAAGAAGUCGGCGGAAGGAGACGAGACGACGCUCGAAAAGUACCUGCGCAAGCAGAAGGAGAAGAAGGAGCGCAAGAAGGCCAGGCGAGGCGAGGAGCCGCUCGACGAGGCCGAAGAGGAGGUCGCCGUCGACGGUGCCAUCGACAACACGGACGCUGGCUUCGAUGACCCCUUCUUCAACGAGGACAUGGACAUGGAAGCUGCUCUCGCCGCCGAGUUCGGCGACAGCGCCCCUAGCACCAAGUCGAGCAAGAAGAUCAAGUCCAAGACCACCAAACCCGCCCCAGUCGAAGAAGACCCGGCCGAAGCUGCCCGCCAGCACGCCCAACUGACAUCUCUGAUUGGGUCGACCAACGACGAGCUCACCCAGGACGGUCGCCAACAUUUCGACAUGAAGGACAUCCUCCGCGUCGAGAGCGGUAAAGAUGCCAAGCGGGCCAAACUGCUCAAGCGCCUGUCCAAGAAGAAGCAGCGCGAAGAGGCGCAAUUCCAGGAACGCAAAGGUGCCCCUCUGGUUCAGGACACCUUCGAGAUCGAUGCCAAGGACGAUCGAUUCAGUGCGCUGAUGGACGAUCAUCGGUUUGCGAUCGAUCCGACGCAUCCUGGCUUUGCCAAGACGAAAGCGAUGCAGAAGAUCAUGGAUGAGAGAAGGGGCAGGUUGGAUCGGCUGAAUGGGGAUGAUGUGCCGAUGGGGCGGGAGGGCAAGAGGAAGACGGGAGGGGAUGGGGAAGGUAAGGGAGAUGGAGAGCUGUCGGCGCUGGUGGAGAAGCUCAAAAGGCGUGGGAACGGCGCUGGGGAUGAGGAUGAACAGAGGCGGCACAAACGCAGCAAGCGCAAGCCGAAGGCGUAG